ACCGUUCUCACCAAAGUGCGGAUCUCAUCCCCUCUCGACAGCAGCGAAACUACACCAGCCGAGAGGCGAGUGAAAGCACCUCUCUCGUAGCUCCAGCAUCCGAACAAUCGCCAGCCUCCUCUGCAAACCAAGCGACGAGGGACGCGGGAAGUUUGCACACAAGAAAUAGAUAUUCCAAACUUGUCAGCCCCGUAAUGAACCGGUAACAGCUGCGAAGACGGCGGUAUGGGGCGGGCUAUGGUAGUUGUUUAUCCAUCACAAUGAAAGGGAGCGAGAGACGCUAAACAGAUAUUGGCUUAUAUUGGUGUAUCGCCACGCUUGACCUGAGGAAAAAAGGAGGCGGUCUUUCUUCGAGUUUUGUGUGUGUCCUGUGUGAGCUGUGAGGAGAGCGAGAAUUGGAAGGGAGUAGCACAGGUUGUCAGCUGACGCCUCGAGUCACUGUGUGAGUGGCUAACCGUUGUUCUGUUGAUUGGUGGAGUCUGAUGCAUGUGCGGCGUACGGUCGACUCGCUGUGCUAGACUUGGUGGAAAGGAUAUACACUAUUGGACUUAACAUCAACAGUCUGGUACUACACUCCACAAGAAUCGAUGGAAUUCAAGGAAGCACGACCCAUUCCUCAAGGUCAUCUGCAUAUUGAAAGAGGAAAAUCAGAAUGAGUCGUCGAGCAAGUGAUUUGUGCUCUCUGUUUGUCUCCUUCAUAUACCUGUGGGUUCUCACCCCGUCUGCGGGCGAUGACCUGACGACGUUAGCACCAUUGCCGAAGUUCUUGAAGACGGACACAAAUGUGACUUUCAAUAAAGGGGAAGAAGCCAAGCUGCAAUGCGCCAUUGAAAACAUCGGCACACGAACGGUAGUUUGGCGUCGUUCUUCCGAUCCCAACCCUCUGACUAUUGGAACCACAACGUACUUCCGGGAUAAACGUCUUUAUGUCUAUCAUGAGAAACUCUCUCUAGAGUGGAACCUCCAUAUCCGGAAUGUUUCCCUUGAGGAUGCUGGGGUCUAUGAGUGUCAAAUCAGCUCAAAGACGAGGAGCAUUCGCCAUAAUGUUUUACUGAGGGUCGAGGAUGCACCCUUCAGGCCUACCUUUAAACCAGAUAUAAAAAUCUCCGGUCCCAGCUACGUGGAGAAGGGGAAUGCACUGCGCCUUGUUUGUAACGCCACCGGAGAUGGGUAUCCACCCGACGGCAUUGACUGGUUCAAGGAUGGCCACAAGAUCACACAGGACGACCGACUUCACAUUCAGAUUGUUAUGUCCAUUGUGGAGAGGACCAUAAUAAGCUCCUUGUACAUCAAGAGAGCCAAGAUGACAGAUGCUGGGACGUAUGUUUGCAGAACAUCGGAUCUUCAGAUUACAAGCACCAAAGUCGUUAUUCUCGAUACUCGAACGAACAACGAGAAAAGAGAUAUGAAUGAUGACAAGCCCAAGGGUUCAGGCGCUGGAACCACGUGUGCUUCAUGGCAGGACAUUGUGUGUGUGACGCUGUUUGCAGUGAUACUCAUCCUCAACCCGAGAUGAUGACAGUAGUUGGCAACAGAGAAUAUGUGUGGAGUAAUACAGUCUCUUGCUGAAUUCACAGAUCGAGAUAUUUAUGUUUGUAUGUGGGGCAACUAUGUCUGCUGUUAUCGUGUGUUAAAACGAAGGCCUCUGGGUACAACACUGGGAGCCUGGGUGAGCAGGUUUCAUCGGAGAGACCUGGGUAAUCGGCAAACUCGGAACACUGCCAAAUACACUUGAAGAAUGGACGAGCAGGGGGACCACAACACGUGGAAUGGCGGAAAUUCAAGAUUAGGAGUUCUUCCGUAUUUGUCUUGACAACUUUCUAGUUUUAAUAGUUGGCCGACGUGGCUGAACGCCACCACCGCUGAUAAAGACAAUUAAAGAUUCAGCGAGUGGUUCUCCGAGAUAUGGAGAAGGGUUCUACCCCAUGCAUCGGUAUUUUAGUAGUCUGUUGAGAUUCACCUGCUGAUAUGGCUCGAUACUGCCACAUUCUCUUUCAUCGAAGUGCGCACGCAGGUGGCCGCCAUCUUGUGUCGUUGAGGAACUACGCUGACAGACGCUGUAGAGAGCUGAUGUACAUUUUGCGAAAUGAAAUGAAUAUGGUGAUAUACGAUUCGUCAUGAAAGCAUGUUGCAUGCAGUGUUCAGGAGUAAGGAUUUACGGGUCAGCGAGAGUGUACAAGGAGACGCUACAAAGAAUCUCUAUUCCAUGAAAUCAAGAAGUUAGACUGGCAUCCUGCAACCUGUCAUAACAUCACUGGUUCCAAUUCUACUUCCGGCAUUAUAAAGAUCCAUCAUGGACUUGAAACUUAAUUAAUUAAAUAUCAUAUGCUUUAGUUACUAUAAUUUAAAUUUCUUAAUUUCCGACCAGGUGUCGUGAGAAUGUAUAAUUCAUGUAUUAAUUAUUGUUUCCAUCUAGCUAUUUCCGACCAGGUUUUUUUUAUUUAAGUACGAUGAAUGAUAUAUGAAUUUUUCACGUACGUUCUGAUAUUGACUAACAAGUACCACUGGAAAAAUCUAAAUAAUUAAACACAUUCGUCCAGUUAUUUCGGACCAUGAAAGUUUUCCGUUAAAAUGUAAUCAAUGUUUUAGUGAAGGCGAAUAGUUGUUGUAUUGACUGAACAUAGUGCUAAUUUACUGAUGCCCGAUACGUUGUAAUUGCAUCCACCAGAAGGCGUGUUGGAAUCGAUAGAAGUGUCAGGAGCCGACCACAAUUGAAGUUCUACUUUGCAAUCGUGUAAUAAUUACUUGUAGCGUCCAACCUGGCAGCAUGUUAUGCUGAGACCAACGGUCCGAGCACUCAUAUAGAGCACAUUGCGUGAUGUCAUAGUAGGUAUGAGUGUGAAGGCAUGUUGUAAUUGACUGAUCUGACACGCAUCCAGGAAAACUGUGGAAAUGAUGCAAUACAGUUGUGACGCUGCCUCUCAAAGCUCAAGCUGCUAUGUAUAUGCGUCUCUUUCCGAACCCGGAAACUUUUUGCAGAGAGAGAGAGAGAAUUAUUUUGUUAUUGUGUCACGCAAAUGUUUACUUAAUAUAUAAAAUCUUCAAUAUCACAUAUAAAACAUCUGCCUCUAUACACAUAGUAAAACUUAAAGAAAAAGUGGGUGGUGUAAUAUCAUACGUUAUAAUGAUUUUCUUCUUUUAAACAUAAGUAACACUGACGCAGCUAAGGGAUAUACUAGAUUGCAUCAUUCUGCUGUGUAAACAUAAUGCCUUUUUGGCGCCUCAGAAAACAUACAUUCACCGUAUCUGACUUCGUUUCCAGCAAAAAGUCCCCAUUACUCCCCCUGGUCCAAAAUAUGGCAUCUAAAUGAGAGCUAUUAAGGCGUUGCACCUAUAAUUAACCUUUAUAAAACCGCCACAUUCUCUCAGUAUGGAAUUUGUUAUGUGAUAGUAAUGGAGAGCAGUAUCUAAUGAUGAAGGUUGAAAUGGGUCAUAACAGAUAACGUAUCAGUGAGACCCGAUCCCAGCUCACAGUGCAGUUGGGACUGAGGUUUGAAGGCAGUUGACUGCGUACAGGCACGACGUGUGCUUUGACGACAGUAACAUGCACUACGAAGCCUGUGGACACUUCAGGCAUCAACAAUCAAAUACUGAUGCUGUACCUUUCCUUGUUUAGCAUGAAAGGAUGGAAUACCUCCCCAGCUAAGAAGGAAACAUCAAGGUUGUAAUUCAACGGGUGAGAUUUUUAUCUUUGUUAGAUAUUUAGAUGGUUAGUCGUCACUCGCUUAAGCCUUUAGGUCAAUCGAUGUGAAAUGGCGGAUAAGUUGGCGGCAGAACAACGAUUAAAGUGUAGCACAUCUACGUCAACCCAUAGCACGUGCUAACGUCCCGGAUGAAGAUGAACUUCAAAAGGCAGCAGACGAUGUUCCGUCGAGGUACGGAAAUACCAUGUGUAGCGGAAUGUCGUAAAGGCGACGUUUAACGCCUUUAACGACGGUGCAGUGAGCAGAACAUAACACGGGAAUUGGUGCAGUGCCGGGCAGCACUAACUGACAUUUUAAUGGACUGGCAACAUUAUCAGCUCAUCUACAUGUAGAUGCACAACUGUUACUUAAUGUUUUCUUUAUGAUGUAAGACAUGUUUAAACUGAAUGAGUCAUAUUACACGUGGAAGCUGACAGGUGAGCAUGAUCACUGGACAGUCGUACCAGGAACUUCAAUCAGGGGAUUCACAUACAGGUGUAAUAACUGCACAUCACCUUAGACGAAAAUAUUUGAAUAUCCCUGAUUUAUUUAGGUUCUCGUUCUAAUAUCGAAUUGUUUUCUGAGCAAUACGGAUGGGAACUAUUAUUGUCAGUGUAAUUUGAUUUUAUGAAACAUCAUUUAUACGCAUAUAUCCUCUCAUGUGUGCAUGUGCGACCACUCAUCUACAGGUAACUUGCUGACUGUCUGUCAAACAAUGUCAUUUGUCCUCUUUAAUGGAAAUUAUACCUUAAUGCGAAAAAAAGUUUGUAUUAAAUGUGGGGCGGUGGGGUAGCCUAGUGGUUAAAGCGUUGGCUCGUCACGCCGAAGACCCGGGUUCGAUUCCCCACAUGGGUACAAUGAGUGAAGCCCGUGAUAUUGCUGGAAUAUUGCUAAAAGCGGCGUAAAACCAAACACAGUCAGUCAGUCAGUCAGUCAGUGUAUUAAAUGUUACUGUUUGUGCUGAAACGCCUUCAUGAUAUGGAAAAGAGUUUUUCGGAGAAUACCUUGUGUGUCAUAGCUCAGUGUUUGGAGCUCGGGCAUGUCAUCCAUCUUGUGUUUGGAAAUGAUAUACAAUUUUAACUUAUAUUAUGAUGCUAUUGUCCAAGGACUCCUACACAGUAUGGCACUUGACAUAACGUUUCAUUGUUCUGCAUGAAUAGAUUGUCAUUAAAACAUUGCACUGACACUGGAAGAACCGACAGUAAUGAAUUUGUAACGUUUCGGUACGCAAAUUGUGGCUCAUAUUUUACAUUCAUGUACACACACACAAAACAAUGAAUAAAAGACAUAUUUCUAAGCCCAUUACUCUCGCAGUUGACAGUGAACAAACUGGUCCCGGCACUGUAAAAGUAUUAGAGAUUGUAAGUGCCACAUGUUGCGGGCACAUGCUGUAUAUUAUUGUAUAUAUAAUACACUUCAGCGACCCCGAUGAAUAUA